AUGAACACGGUAACAAAAGUCGACGAAAUCACUGCUUUAGAGUAUUCAGCUCUAAAAGUACCUUAUGAAUUACUAAAUAAGAAAUUUCGCAUUGCUCAAAAAGCAAUUGAUCGGCAUAAUUAUCGAAUCAAGGAAGCUGGAUCUCAUCUGCUGAGUAAAUUUGAAGAUAGCAAGGAAAGCAAAGUUGUUGCGGUUAAAAAGGUUGCUGCGGAUGCAAAAGCUGUUCUGGAAAGGCUAGAAGCUCUGCAGCAAUGUUUGCCGCAGUCUAUUGAUGACGAGUUUGCAAUGGCAAAGCUGUUGGAGUCAAGAUUACAUUACUUGAAAGGGGCGAACUCAGGAGACAAGUGGGCAGUUGCUGCUUGGCGACAGCAGAGGGUCGACCGUCUUAUAAUUGAUUACCUUUUGCGAUCAGGCUAUUUUGAGACGGCUCAGAAGCUAGCUGAACAUUCAGAUGUUCAGGACAUGUGCAAUAAGACGAUAUUUGAGAUUGCUAGACAACUAACCUUGAAGAUUUUGGAAGGUUAUUUGAUCAUUAAAAAAGCGCUGCAGGUUGAGGAUAGUCUAUCGCGUCAUGAAACUGACCGUUGCAUGGAAUGGAUAAUGGAUAACAAAUCAAAGCUUCGUCGGUUAAAAAGCAAUUUUGAAGUCACUGUACGCAUACAAGAGUGUGUGGAGCUGGUCAGAAAAGGCGAACGUAUUCAAGCUGCUCUUUAUGCUCGCCGAUAUUUUUCUAAUUUGCCGGCGCAAGUGAUGGGUUUGAUUGGAUUGGGUCAUACUUACGGGGAGAAAGCGUAUGAAAGUCUUUUCGGCGAUUCACGGUGGGAAGUGCUUGUAGAGCUUUUCCGUAAAGAAAAUGCUCGAAUUUUUCAACUUAUGGAGUAUUCUACCUUCAAUGCCUGUUUAUGUAUGGGUAUUUCUGCGAUGAAAACUCCUCACUGCAAGCCUGAUGCUACAUCAAGGUGUCCGAUUUGCCAACCAGAAAUAAAUGAACUUGCAGAUGACCUUCCGUUUGCUCAUUCUCUCAAUUCAAAAUUGAUUUGCGCAUAUUCUGGGGAGCCACUCGAUGAGAACAAUCCGCCUUAUAUGUUGCCAAAUGGCCGUGUCUAUGGGCAACAUGCAAUAGAGCUGCUUUGCAAAGACAGUUAUAUUAGAUGCCCGAGGACCAACGAAGUGUUUCCUUUGAACUCUGUUGUGCGAGUAUUCGUACUGUAG